CAGAAGCCCGUGUGCGCGCGUGUAGCGCUGGCGUCAUUGUUUAAAAACAAAAAUAUCCGUUAUAUUUAUGCCGAAAGUGAACUGCCGCUUUGCAGUACAAUGAGUACAUGCGUCAUCCAUCAGUUGCGGUUUUUGCGCGGAUAAAGGUGACAGACGUGAGUUUUGUGAUGGUGCCUUCCCUGAUCCCUCCAAAAGUAUGAAAAUAGGUUAUGGGACUUAACGAUACAUCAGUUUUGUUGUGAUAUUGUUUGGCCGACUGAUUGAAUCGUGAAAGUUAGAAUUUCUUUAAAAAAUGGCUCAACGAAGAAGUAGAAAUCGGCGUUCAUCCGCUCGUAGAUCGAGCAAUGUAUCUUGCUUCCUCGAUGAUAACACAAAUAUCAUUGAUAACAAUGAUCCGCAAUGGUACAAUAGAACAAUUUUACGUCCAUCAACAUCAUUUGUCUUGACAAAAACUGCUAGUUCUAUACUAAAUCCUGAUUCGAUGGCCGAUGAAACUCAAAUGUCAAAUAAUUGGUAUAAAAAUCUUUCAAGAUCAGAAAGCUCCAAGCUGAUGGAAGAAAUUGUUAGAACUAAAGUCAACAAUCGAAAUAAUGAGUCAGUUGAUAGUACUCGCGUUGAACCAGUAACAGAAUCAGAAAGUGAAACUGAAUCUCAAAGAAAACGUACAAAAUUAAGAGUGAAUCAAAAAAAGGUCAAUAUGAGUGACAAAAGUAAUGUUUUCUCGAGAGCUUUGGAAAAGACUACGGAAUCGCACACAAGAAAUUUAACUGUUCAAAUGCCAGAGGGAAGUGAAAGCGAAUCAACCAAUGAUGAUUCAAGAACUAUUAAGAGAAUAAAACCAGCACUUUUUAGGAAUAAUAAACGUUCAAAAGAAAACAGUAACUUUGAUGAUCUUUUUCAUAGUGAUAGUACAAUUGAAAACUUACAGGCAAGUACCAGAAAUUCCAGGUCUUCUUUAAAAAGAAAGAGUAAGGAACUCAUUGUACAUACAUCAACUCCAGAGGUAGCUCAUAAGUUUAAAAAAACACAACUUGAAAAAUUAGACGAAGUUGAUUCUACUCAAUUUGAAAAGAGCGGAUCUGUGAAUAAAACUUUAGAUAAGACUUUACUUGUAACACCUGUAAGAGAACUUCGUAACAGAAGUAUUCUUGGAACAUCUACAAAUAAAACUCCAAUAAAAUCAUCGCAAAAGCAAGCUGGUAGCGCAACUGUAUAUGAUUCAGUAGACAUGAGCCUUACUAUUGUAGAAAAUAAAUCCCAAAAGAAGAGAGCUGCUCUAUUUUCACAAGAAUCUAAAACUAACAAUGACAAAAAUUUAUUUGAUGAGAUUUUUGAUGAUGAAGAUGAUGACGAUGAACCAAAUCCAAGCUUGGAAAAUGAAUUAGUAAAAGAUGCAUCUUCUGGAAAAACACAAGAACAAAAUCCAGAUGAUAAUCGUGAAGCCAAUGAAAGUGAAACAUCGUCUAUUCCAAAAUAUAUUAGGAGAACGCGGUCUGUUGUAUUAAGAAAAUUAAAUAGUGAAUCUGAAGAUAAAGGCAUUUUUGACAGUCAAAGAGAAAAUAAUGAAAAUCACGAAAAAACUAAUGAGGAAGAAAAUGGAAAAUCUCGUCAAUCAUUAAAACAAGGUCAAGACCACAAUGCAUCUUGGCGAUCACUCAGAGCUAGUCAAACCAUUAAUAAUUCGAGAAAUGUAACAAAAUCUCAAAGUGAAUUAAUUAGUAACAAAUCAUUUGACCACACAAACAGAACAGCUCCCGAUGUAACUUUGAAUAGAAAAAGCUACGAAACUUCAUCUGGGUCAAAAGUGAUUGAGAAAGCAAAACAUUUACCAUAUGAAUCAUCAGAUGAUGAAGAUAUAAUUAAUGUAUCAAAAUCUACUAAAGCAUCAGCCGCACAGAAUGAUGCUGAACAUGAAGAAUCUCGUGACUCAUUAAAGCAUGGUAAAGGUCCCAGCGAAUCUCAGAGAUCAUUGAGAGACAGGCAAAGCAUUAACAAUUCGCGAAAUUUAUCUGAAACUCAAAGUAUAUUAAAUAGUAAUAAAUCACUUAACAAGACAAACACUGCAACUUUUAAUCAAAGUUUGAUUAACAAAGGGAAUAAAAAUUCAUCAAGUUCAAAAGCGCUUGAAAAAACAAAACACGUAUCGUACAAAUCGUCAGAUGAUGAAGAUACAAUAAAUACGUCAAAAUCCAAAAAAUCUAUAGAAGCUCAGGGCAAGACCACAAAAUCGUUCAGUCAACACGAAGCUCCGACAUCCGACCUAACAUUCGAUCAAUUUCAAAAAUCACCUAAACCUUCUAAUAAAUCUUCACGAAAAUCCAAAAAUGCGCAAGAUAGUGUUGAUGAACAUGCAGAUAAUGAACGUGGAAAUACGAUAACUCCGGAACUAACAAAUAAAUCACGUUCACGUUUGUUCAAAAGUAGGACUAAAGUAUCUGAUGGCGAAAACGCAUUCGACAAAAUUUUAGAUACUGAGAAUUCAGCUGCUUCAGAAAAAUCCAAAUUGAUAAAUGUACAGCGAUCUUCAGGAAGUCUACACUCAAAGAAGUCGAUGCAGUCUCUAAAUGACACUAGAACUUCUUCCAAAUCUGUCAACAAGUCAGUAUUAAAUCAUUCCGAAAAUAGUUUUCAGGCUAAUAAAUCCGUGGCGAAUGAGAACACCCGAAACAACAGUCAACAAGACGAAAGUGAAGACGAAACCUCGACAAUACCUAAUCACAUCAGACGAACGAGAUCACGAUUGUUCCAAAGAUCGGAGAUUGUGGAAAACAAUGCGUUCGACGAUGUUUUGAAUGCUGGAAUUUCAGAAGCCAACCAAUCAUCUCAGAAUAACAGUCAAUCACAGAAAUCUCAGAGCUUGAAACUGAGUGUAUCACAAGAUUCGAACAAAACGUUGCAAAGAAGUAUUUCUCAUCUGCGUGAAGCCAAAAAACAGUAUUCACAGACCCUUAAUAAGCAACAAGUAAUGUUACAGAGGGUUGAAUCUCCGAAAGCAUCAGGCGAUUCGUGUAAUGAUAGCUUAAAGGAAAACCACCGCGCCAACAAUUUUCAAAAAUCAACCAAGAAAUCAAAUCCGUCAAUGAACAAGGGCAAUCCAACAAUAAGUGAUUUAAGUCAGUCAAAUGUAGUGGAUGGCAAUAGUCCUAAAAAUUUAACGAAUGCUAGUAAUAGGGCGGGAGAACAAAGUUUCGAAAAAUCUAAUGCACCGCAUGCAGAUAUCGAAGAAAAUACGAAUAAUGAGGGUGUCCCUAGUCGACCUAGCUCGAUUGAAAAUUCCAGCGAUGGAACGCCGAAAUCAAAGCCGAAUAAAAAUUUAACAACUCACAUUCCCGAGAAAUCAAUAAAUGAAGAUUACCUAAGCGACGAUCUGUUACAUACUCCGAAUCCGGCGCAAUCUACUCUAAAAAUAAGCGGCAAGCGCAUCACACAAUUUGCCUUAAGAAACAGUAUUAUAAAUGAGAUCGAUUCGCCUCAAUCACCCACUUCCUCGAAUCGCGAUCCUUCUCCACCUGCCGCAAAUUCUGUCGUAGCCAACGAGAUAGGAGAACCACAAAGGGAAAAAGAAAUUGACGAUAAUGAAGACGAAGAUGUUGAGGUGGAUAUUAUAAAUAAUAGCGACGUCAGUGAAUAUCCAAUGCUCACAAGACACCUAAACGAUAUACCUUAUGAAGCAGAAAAAUCGACCUCCGAGGAGGAAGCCGCACCAUUUUUAAGCGCUGGACCUUUGACUUCAAAAGCGACCAAAACUAAAGCUAAUCAAAAAAACACCUCUACCAUUGACGAGUCGGUCUGGGUCGAAGUAAAGAAAAAGACUGAUGCGUUGAAAGUCAUCAUGGAGACACAGAAGAAACAUCAAGAGGCGAUUCAACGUGAACGUGAACGCGAGAAAGCUCGGACCGAGGCGAAACUCAAACGAGCAAUGGCACAGCGCGCGGCAGAGUUGAAGAAGCAACGAAAGAAGCCGAUCGAUAAAGCGUAUUACGUUAACGGCAAACUGUACAAACAACCAAAGCUACCUGUACCCAAGAAAUGGGUCACUGACCGGCUCUACAAGUAUCUCUGGAAGCACAUGGAGCCGAAGUUUGGUCUCAACACUAGGGUUCAAUCAGAGAAAUUCGUGAUGAAGCUAUCGAAUGUAUUUACUGUAGUCACCAGGAGAGAGAUGUACGAGAAUUACAAAGAAGAUGUAGACGAUCUGAUGGUCAGCAUGGCCGAGUUAGGGAUCAUUAAGGACAGGUAUGAUUUUUAUAGGUUUUGUAGAGAGUACAUGCCCUACUCAUUUAGGAUAAAGGUGGUACCUAUGCAGUUGCCAGGUAAUUUGAGGAACAUACCUUAUGAGCCAGAGCUGGUUCACAAACCUAUUCUACCUGAUAGAAGCGGUAGUUACGAAUCUCGAAGCAAUAGUAACAGCAAUAGCAGAAGUAAUGACGAGAAUGCAAGUGGAAGUUCUAGUGAGAGUGAAUAAUGAGAUGAGAGUAAUUUUCAUUUGAUCAAUUGUUAAAUAUUAAUGUUAUAUCGUUAAUGGGUGAUUAGAAAUGUAUGCAAAGCAGUGACGUUGAUUAUUGCGCUUAUAACAGCCACUAUGCUAGAAUAGGCAAUAUGCUAGAUCUGGAAUUGGUUUGUUUCAAAUAGUAUUAUAUUAGAUUGCUGCUGCAGAAAAUUUGAUGGCUAAAAUAUAAUUAAAUAAUAAUAAUUUUUCUGCAACCAUAAAAUUGAAUAAAAGAGGUAGGAAUCUUGUAAGCCGGUAUUAGCUAUAAAGUGUAAUAAUUUUAUCAUUUUUUCUACAAAAAUUCAAUUGUGACCUUCUUUAUUCAUAAUCAUACAUUCAUAUGAUUAUAAAUGCAAAGCUAUUGAAAUUGAAUGUUUUUGUUGUCUAUACUCUUUAUCUAAAUUAUUUUACUUCAUCAUGAUGUGCACUUGUUCAACAGGCUUAUGUACAAAAUCGUAUCGCUUUUAAAUGUAUCAAAAUGCGUAAUAUUACAAUGGAUAUUAUAAAUGAGUUAAUUCUAUCAAACAAUAGAAUUAUUAUUAAUCAAAUCAAAUUUAAUGAAUGCAUUGAAUCUAACGUAUAGAUAUAAAUCUAAUGAGCUCCACAUCUUGGAAAGUUUUUGGGCACAUUUGGAAAGUCUUCGUGUUUGCCAACUUUGACUAACAGUGCCAUGCCAUCGUUCGCGUGCUGAUCAUAGUGACAGUGCAGGCAGCAGUAUCCUAAAACAAUAGCUCUUUUGUAAAUACAUUUCUUUGUUGAUUGUUUCUUAUCUUCCCCUGUUACUGUAAAAUGUAUGAUUAAUAUACAAAUCUCUAUAAAUUUAUUUUUUUCUACAUUUUAAA